AAUUUGAUGAGACAACACACGCAAGGGAAAGAUUUGGUGAGAGCUGGUGUCACAAGGUUUGCAACGAUUUUCUUGACGUUGCAAAGCAUUCUUGCUGCAUUGACUUCUUUGAAACAAAUGUUUGUGAGUGGAGAAUGGCUUAACUCACCUUAUUCAAAGAAGCCUGAAGGAGAGGCUGUCGCAUGCAUAGUCUUCGACAACCAAUUUGCACAAAGGGCUGCAGAGAUUGUGAAGGUGUCAGAGCCCUUGGUUCGAGUUCUUCGCUUGGUGGAUGGGGAUAAAACCCCAAUGGGAUAUCUUUAUGAGGCCAUGGAUAGGGCCAAAGAGUCUAUCAAAAAUUACUACAAGGGGGAUAGGCUCAAAUUUGAUCCCAUUUGGGAAAUUGUUGAUAGGAGGUGGAACAAUCAGCUCCACCAACCCAUUCAUGCAGCAGGGUACUUCCUCAACCCUCGUUUUAGGUUCGGGGGUUCUUACUCAGAUUCGAAUGGAGAAGUCAUGGAGGGCCUCAGUACAUGCAUUGAGAGGAUGGUACCUGAUGUUGAGGAGAGAGACCUCAUUGUGAGUGAGCUCCAAAAUUAUGAGGGAGGAAGGGGUAAGCUAUUCUCUUCAGAGCUGGCUAGGAGAGGAAGAACCACUCAAACCCCAGAUGCUUGGUGGCAAAAUUGGGGUGGAAACACCCCACAUCUCAAAAAAUUUGCCCUCAGAGUCUUAUGUCAGCCUUGCAGUUCAUCCAAUUGUGAGCGCAAUUGGAGCUUGUUUGAAGCAAUCCACACGAAGAAGAGGAGCAAGUUAGCGCAGAAACGGCUCAAUGACCUUGUCUACGUGCAAUAUAAUCUUCAAUUGCGCGUAAAGAAGGUAGAGGAACUAGAAGGUGGUCCAAUUGACUUGGAUGAUAUAGAUCCUUACAGUGAUUGGACAUCACAGAAGCAGCCUCCAUUGAUUUCCGACACUGACAUCACUGAUUUGGAGAGGCAGGCUAUGGAGGAGGGGGGUGGAUUUGGUUUCAGGCUGGAUGACAUUGAGGAGGAUGAGGAUGAGGAUGAGGAUGAGGAUUCAUUGCCAGUGCCAGAGGCAGGUGGAGACAUAGCUUCAUCCAGGAUGGAGGAUGAGUCUCAAUCAACCAUACCGAGCGAGGAGGCACAGUCACGCCCAGUCCCACAGCAAACUUAUACGACUAGACAGUCUAGACCCUCUAGUUCUACCUCUCCCCAUGUUUUUGCUAGAGCUGGGAAGAGGAAGUUGUAAUUGUAAUUUGUGAUGAUGUAUUUACUUUUGGUUUUACAAAAACUAUUUAGUAAUUUACUAUUUUGCUUCAGGCUUCCAGCCAUCAGCAUUCCUCAUGAGGAUGCGAUUUUGUAGA